AUGAGUUUUAUUAGUAGAGCUUUCAACAAGGGAUCAAAGCUAGCUUUAGCACAUUUGAUGAAAUAAAGAAAUAUUGUUUUUCCAGUAUGUUUUAAUUUCAGUCAACUAUAGAGCAAAAAUUUUGUUAUGAAAAAAACAGAAUUAAGCAAUGAUUUACUGAUUUCUUUAUCAAUGGGAUUUGAACACAAAGAAGCUACUAACCAAAAAGAGUUAACAUAGAAUUUGAUUAUUAAUAAUGUCUUAAAGGAUAAAGUUGUAUAAGAUGUAUUUAAUGAGCUAGAUAGAGAUUUAUUUGCUAUCAACAAGAGCUAAAAGAUUUAUGCUAACAAUCCAUUAUCGAUAGGAAAAGGUCAAAACAUGACUUCGCCUUUAAUGCACGCUAUUGCUUUGUAAGAGAUAUAUGAGAGAUUAAUGAUCUUAUUAAAGUAAAAAAAAGGUUCUGAAAUAAAAAUUUUAGAUAUUGGUUGCGGAAGAGGAUACAUUGCAUUUGCCAUUUCAAAGAUUAUUGAAAAAUGUGAUGAUUUAAAAGAUAUUAAAGUAUUUGUAAAAGGUAUUGAUAUUUACGAAGAUUUAACAUAUGGUGCAAAUGAGAUUCUUCAUAAAUUAAAUAUCAACAAAAAUAUUACCUUCCAAUUUGAUACUUUAAAUAUCGAAUAGGAAAUACAAAACAAAUAGUAAGUUUAUGAUAUUAUACAUUCAGGAGUUGCUCUAGAAUUAAGCGUUUACAAUAAUAUGAUAGGCUAAAUUUAUGCUUAAAAUCAAGAAGGUUCUUGUAUUAUUUGUCCUGUCAUUUAAGAAGAUUUAGAGUAGAAUUUAUAUUUGAGAUGCAAUAACUAGGAACAUGUUGUUAUGAAAUGUGUUUAUUCUUAAAUGAUUACACUUAAAUAGUAGGAAAUAAGCAAAUAUUUUUUGGAAGAUGGAGAAAUUGCUGAAGAAGAUUCAACUUCUACUUUAUAAGCUUAAUCUCAGUAAAGCUAAGAAGAAAUGAAUCUAGAGUUAUUAGAAAAUACUAAAUUAAAAAGAGAAUAGCAUAAAGUUGAGCAACAAUUAUCAUAAAAAGAGGCACAGUUGAAGCAAUAUUUCGAAAAUUUCAAAAAAAAUAAUAAUGGCAUUGCUCCUAAUUUAAAAGAAAUGAAUAGUAACGAAGAAACAAAGUAAUUACUCAAUGAAAUAUCACAUCUUAAAAAACAAUUAAAAAUAGUAAAAGCUAAGUAAUAGAUAAAAUGA